UUACCACAUAUCUUUUCUACCCCGAGUAUUAACCCUAAGCAAAAAGAAUCUCACACCGGAGGGUUUGAUUAAACUAAAAGGUCGUUCCCGAAGGAUAGUAUUACAGUCGAUAGCACGAGAAUCUUGAAUCGAUCGGUACUAUACGUCCACUUGUUCACAAAGUGUAGGGGAGAUGGCAAUGCAUGGCAGUGAAGACGCAAAUUCCAGUGAUCACUUUGAUGGGAACAACAAAAAUCAGGUUUUCCAGACUAAUAGUGAGCGACUGAAUCUUGGAGUAAGGAGGAAGAGACGUCAAGUUGUAAUGUCAAGGUUGGGGAAGCCAUUUGCACUCAUGAGAACAUCACGAAUUCAAAAAAAUGUGAUUCCUAUUGGAAAAGAAGUCGGUGGCUACAAGAAAGCUCAGAAGCACCAACAUAGACAUUGGGAUGUAAAGAAAAGGAGUCAGGGAAAGAAAUCAAUAGCACAAGUCAGGGAAUCUGAAUCUGAUAACAAGGACCUUGUGGAACCAUUUGUUUCAAAGACAGUCCCAUCUGAAGAUGAAGAAGAUGAAGAAGAUUCAGAAGAUGAUUUUUGUGGUAUGCGAAGCCGGCGUGAGGCAUGGUUCAAAUCAGACUUGUCCUUGCUGGUGACAGAUGAAUCUGAAUCUGAAUCUGAUACUGAAACACAUACUAAGAAGCGGGGUUCAAAUAUAAUAAGAGGUCCUACACCUUCCAUACACGGAAUUGAAUAUCUAGUUUUAUAUGAUCCAACUCCAAGCUUCUUGAUGUGUAAACCAGGAGAGAAUAUAAGAUGUUGAUGAUGCUACCUUUGGACCUUAAAAAAAACUAACUCAUUUGGUUUGGUUUAUUUUGGUUUGAAAAAUGUAUAUAGUUUCUUUACUUAUCCUCAAAGUAUGUUGUUCUUUUUGUGGUUACUCCUACUAAAUUUUUUUCCUUGCUAUUUUUGGUCAAAUAUUUAGAUUUAUCCUCAUAUUGUGAGAGAA